AGACCACCUCUUCCUUAAGUGUCACUGGGUCAGCAACAGACCUUCCCCUAGGAAAAAAAAAAAGAGGUCUCGUUAACCGCACCGUAUCAAUUUCCCCCGCUGCACGCAUGGAUAGCUCCUGCAGAAUUUACCUACGGCAAGCCCGGUGUGAGAUCAGACCGGCUCAAGCUGUUACCAGUCCCUUAUCGUUGAACAUCCACACCAACAGCCUUCCAGGACGGGUUCCUCGCGUCUCGGCGUGUGUCCGACCGGCGUGCCUGCGCCGCGAAAGUUUAUCUUGCGUUUAUUAAAUUCCCAGUUUCCUUGGAAACGCGACCCGGGUGCAAGGACCGGCGAUCCGAACGGUGUCGGUUUUCCAGCCAGCUUACUGCAGUCUGUUUGGAUAUGAACCUGCCAGGAGAGCAACCGUCAAACCACCAGCCCGACUGCACAUGGAAGAGUCGGUUUUCCUCCAACUUUGCCGAACUGCUGUAAGGUCAUUUGUUGCACCUGCACGUCGAGCUCGGUUGGGGUUGCACCGUUGCCUUCAGAUCCGUGGCGCUAUGCUGACAUUUGCCCGGUGAAGCGUUUUGGUUUUGUUUUUUUUUUGGGGGGGGGAAGAAAGCCGUUUUAUUUUUAUUUUAUUUAUUUACUAUGAGCUUAGAGGGAGAGGCGGGUCCGGUCUGCAGGGGUGCUCAAGAAGGACCGCUGGGAGGCGCUGCACAAAUUCAGACCAGCAAAGAGGACCACGAGACAAGCGAUUUGGAGGGACAUCAUCGCACCGGCGACACCGUGGGGGACGGAGAAAGCGCAGGUGAGGAAUCCGUGGAUAUAAACCCGGGAGAAGGACAGAGUGGAUGCACAGAGGAAGGUCACUCCGUGCACGAUGGGGAAAACGAUCGCGCAGUUAGCCCCGGGAAAGCGGAAGCGCUUCACUCGGACUGCAGCAGCGAGAACUGCAGCCCCACGCCGAGCUGCAGGAUUUGCUUCCAAGGAGCCGAGCAGGGGGACCUGCAGAAUCCCUGCCGCUGUGACGGGUCAGUGAGGUACACUCACCAGCAGUGUCUUCUGAAAUGGAUCAGCGAGAGGGGGUCCUGGACCUGUGAACUCUGCUGCUACAGAUACCAUGUGAUAGCAAUGAAAUGGAAGAAGCCCUGUCAGUGGCAGCCCAUCACCAUCACGCUGGUGGAAAAAGUACAGAUCAUUGCUGUGUUCCUGGGCUCUCUUUUCCUGGUGGCCAGUGUCUCCUGGCUUCUGUGGUCAGCCUUCAGCCCCAAUGCCAUCUGGCAGCGCAGAGACAUCCUUUUCCAGAUCUGUUAUGGGAUGUACGGCUUUAUGGAUUUGGUGUGCAUUGGUUUGAUUAUUCAUGAAGGGGCGGCAGUGCAUAAAGUCUUCAAGCGCUGGCGAGCCGUUAAUCUGCACUGGGACGUGCAGAAUUACGAUAAGACUGCCGAUGUCGAGGAGAGCAGCAGUACCGGGGAGUCGUCGGCCAGCCGGACCCUCUGGCUGCCCCUCACCACGUUCCGAGCGAGGGACUCCCUGCACCCCACCCGAAUCGGGGCCCACCGCUCUCACUGUGGCUACGCGUUACUGUGGCUGUGUGCCAGGCUGACGACCGAGGAGGACGUCGGCGAAGACAACAGCUCCGGGGAGGUGGUGAUAAGAGUGACCUCGGUCUAGAGGUCAUCCUCCUUUGAUUCCCUUCAACUGUGACUGCCUCCAUCAGUGGCCUAACGUGACGUGUAAUGGCGUUAUCCUGCCAGCGGGUCAAAGCGCUGCCGAGCUGAAGGUUAUGUAGCACUUGGAGGUUGUGGUGGGGUGUGAAAGCUAAUAUGUUUUAUAGAAAAUUAUACUCUUUUUUUAUAUUGCUACUGAAUGUAAAAUAAAUUUGAUAGAUAAACAAACAUAUGUAAUAUAAUUCACAGUACGUUUAAAUUGUGUAGCCUCCCAAGUGGGGUCUUAUACUUUUUUUUAAGUAUAUGAGCAGAGGUCCUUUGGUUCAACAAAAGUGCAAUGAGGAUUUAAACUGUGACAGAUUGGUCCUAAAUAAUCCCUUUUGGUGCUUUACAUAGUUUAACGAUAGUAUAUUUCAGUCAUUUACAUUGGGGCAACUUCUUGUUCCUCUGACGUGCUUUGGAGCAAGUUCCACACACUAUACAAUAUUGUGUAUCUAUUGUAGGUACACAGAACCAGUAAUCUAGUCUUGUGGUCUCAGUUCUUUUAUUACAACAUGUUCCUCAACAGAAGAGUUCAUUUCGAAAUUUCAUCAGCCUUUCCCAAACCAAGUACAACAAAGACAUGUUGCAAUGAUAGCUGUGUUUGAAAUUGUGUCAAAGAUUCAAGAGAUGAAAGUAGGAGAAUGUCAGAGUAUGGUUCCCUAAUAAAGUAAUUGCUUCAACACUGCCAAUUCUUUGUUAAUCCACACCUAAUGUCUUAUUCAAAGCUUUACUCUCAAGCAUUAACCCUUACAGUACUUGUAAAUCCCUUCUUGUGGUUGAAAAAAACAUUGUUCAAAAUAGAAUCUAAAUUUAUUUUGCUGUGUCACAAAAGCUCCAGCCCAUAAGUAACAGAUAACAGAUAAGCUACUAAAAUGACCAAUUUACUUUAACAUUUUUUUUUGUAUGGAUCUAGUGCAAAUAAACCUGGUUAAAGGUCAGUGUACACUGUUAAAGAGAUAAGGAACAGUAUUUCCCAUUUGGUUAAAUGUAAAAAAUGUUUCAAAAGUGCCAAUGGGAUUGUUUUGUCUAAACAGUAACAGCAAAAACAUUUCUUCAACAAUCAAUGAUAACAUCAAUGUUGAAGUAAAUCAACAAUCAAUUCAGCAAGUAUAUAUUUUUUUCCCGUCACUUCACUUACACAAUUUUGCUUCAAGUUAAAAAGAAAUACUAAUCGCUGCCCUUGAUGACACUGGAAAUAAAUGUUUUAAUGUGAAAGACUGUUCUUGACAUUGACUGUGCAGUGGGUUUGUUCACUGUAUUCUAAAAAUGUAUCAGUUCCUGAGGAAGUGCCUAGCCUGAUUAUCAUUUGAGUAGUGGUAUACAGUAUAAUUCAUCUAUAACUAGCACUUACGUGUCUUACAUUUGUGUCUUUCUCUGAAGUGUUACCAAUAUUUCGAUUAUAUAGAGGGGGGGUAAAGAAAUAUCCCAAAUUAGCAAAUAGAAGCAGUGUUGGGAAAAUAAUUGUAUAAUGUAUUUUUUUAAAUAAUACAUUACAGUUGCAAAUUAAGAGCAAGGGAAACUAUGACAAUAUUGGGGGAGAAUCAUUUUAAAAAGUCAGCAGUUACAGUUAAUUUAUGUAGUGUGUAUAUAGUUGCUAUGUAAAGUAAUACAUUUCCCCUUAAAAACAACUUUUCUUACCUUGUUAUUAAUUAAAAAAACUAUUACCUUAUACAAAUUACUUGCAACUGCAAUUUUUUAAAAAGGAAUUAUCCCCCAUGAUAGAAGUACUAAAAGGGUAUGGAGCAAAUUAUAGGAUUUAAAAACAUAAAAUAAAGACAAGCAGAAACACUUUUGAGAAAUGUACUUACAAUAUGUAAUUUAACUUUGUCAUUUUUCAUCUAAAUACAAUACACAUCCAUGAGUGGUAUGCUGUUGCUUUGUAAGGCAAACCUAUAAAAGAAGAAAAAUGUCACCACUUUUGAUAGAAAUUUUGUCUGUAACCCAGGAACUGUUGAACCUAUUCCUAAAAUUAAAUGCAUAAAGAUGAA